CCUUCCCUUCUCCCUAAUCUCUUCCAAACAGAAAUCCCCUCUUCUGAAGCUUUUAAUGGCGGCCUGAGUUCAGCUGAUUCCACUUCUAUUCUCUCUUUUCUUGUUCGAGUCUUCCUUUUCGUCAUCGUCUUAAAUGGCGGUUGACCUUCUCUCGUUCUCCAAGAUGGACGAACAGAUCGCGAUUCAAGAAGCCGCUUCUGCCGGAUUGAAAAGCAUGGAGCACCUGAUCCGUUUAAUGUCUCAUCAGAGCCCUCAACACCAGAAAUUGAACCAGUUGGAUUGCAGAGAAAUCACGGAUUUCACAGUCGCCAAGUUCAAGAAGGUGAUUUCGCUCUUGAACCGGACCGGCCACGCUCGGUUCCGUCGCGGCCCUCCUUCCUCCGCUUCUACGUCCUUCUCGGUUCCUCAGCCUCAGACCACCCUGAACUUACCACCGACAUCAGCUCCGGCACCGCAUGUUCAAUCUCAACCGCAAGCCCUGACGCUCGAUUUCACAAAGCCUAAUCUGCUAAACCACCCCAGCUCUAAUCCCACCGAUGCCUCGACUUGCCAGUUCUCUAAGGAGAGUUUCAGCAUAUCACCUCCGAUGUCCUCUGCUAACUCGUCUUUCAUGUCUUCCAUCACCACCGGGGACGGCAGCGUUUCGAACGGGAAACAGGGAUCAUCACUCUUUGCAACUCCAACCCCGGCUGUGUCCGCCGGAAAACCGCCUCUCUCUUCAUCCUACCGUAAGAAAUGCCAUGGGCACGGUCAUUCCGAUGACAUCUCCGGCAAGUACUCCGAGUCCGGCCGCUGUCACUGCUCCAAAAGAAGGAAAUCUCGUGUGAAGAAAACGAUCAGAGUCCCGGCAAUAAGUUCAAAGAUGGCCGAUAUCCCACCGGACGAAUACUCCUGGCGAAAAUACGGCCAGAAACCGAUCAAGGGUUCCCCCUACCCACGAGGGUAUUACAAGUGCAGCAGCUUGAGGGGAUGCCCGGCGAGAAAGCACGUUGAGCGGGCCCCAGAUGAUCCGACGAUGUUGAUCGUGACAUACGAGGGUGAGCACCGCCACUCACAGCCUCCUCCGCCGGAUUCGGUCGCCGGAGGCUUGAUCGAGUCGUCGUGAGAAACAAGAAGCAAAGUCAAAAGUUACACUGUAAAAACGUAGACUUUUUAGGCUUUUUCUUAAUCAGAAGAAUUUAUUUCCAUAAUUUAUCGUUGGGUCCUUUCUGGAGAUGUUGGGGAGGGGUUUCGGUGUAAAUUUUCAAUCGAUUCAGGAAUAGAAAAGUAAUUUGUUAUAAAGUUUCUGUCGCUUUUUGUUA